ACAUUUGAGUAUUUAAAUUCACCUCUUAAAAGCUGCUUAGAAAUGAAGUUAUUAAAAUUGUUGACAGUCGUCACUUGCUUGAUUUACCAAGUUCAAGCUGGAGGUCCAAGUUUUAUCCCAACAAUAGAAGGUCCUCUAACAACAACAGGUCCACAGACCACAGCAGGUCCACCAACAACCACAGACAUUCCACCUUGUGUCCUCUGUGCUGAUGUUCUCAAAUAUGAUGUCCCUCCAUCUCCAGACAACUGUAAUCCAGGAUCGACUUCAAAAGUGUCAUUAACGAUAACUUAUACAGCAGAUUCUGGUAGAUCUCCUGCAUCUGGUGCAUGUUCUUAUCCAAAUACUGGACUUACAUUUGAUGAGUUGGGUCCAAUGUUACGUAAAUUCGUUGCUUCACCAGGAUUAGGACUUAGCAUUAACGGAUUUGAUAUGACAUUCCAAGAAUAUGAAAAAGCUUAGGUGGCGCUACCUUAGCAACUGAAUCCU